AUGGAUACCCUUGAUUUAACUUAUUCGAGGAAUGUUGGAGUUCCAAAUGUUUUUAAGGAAAUGGUACUUUUAAAGCACUUGUUUCUUCCCGAUUAUGAUGAGGAAAAUAUUGGAAGUUAUCGACUAACAUUGGACGAGGGAGUGGUUGAGUUGGAGACCCUAUGGAAGUUGGAUAGUAGAGUGCAUGAAUUAAAAUGUAUGAACAGAAUGAAGAAUCUGCGAACUUUCUCAACAAACAUACACGACAAUGAAAGCUUGUCAGCCAACAUCGACGCCAUUGCUCUCAUGGAAAAGUUAGUGUAUUGUUGGGUUGUAAUCAAAAAGGGUUGCGAGUUAGGAACAAAUAAGGGAGUGUUAACGCUGAAGAAGGUAAUCACAUGUCCCAAUCUUCAUUCCUUGUGGAUUGAAGUUAAGUUAGGGAAGGUGCUGGCAGAGUGCGGGAGUGACUUCAUCAGUUCAAAACUUAGAAGUUUGUAUCUGUCAGAAUGCGAGAUUGAGGAUGAUCCAAUGGGGAUACUGGGGAAGCUUCCUUGCUUGAUAGAGUUGUAUUUAUGGACAAAAUCAUUUGUGGGGGAGGAGAUGACGUGUCCAUCAGACAGUUUUCCUCGCCUCAAGUUGCUUGAGCUAUAUCAAUUACCAAAGUUGAGGGAGUGGAGAGUGGAGGCAGGAGCCAUGCCCCUUCUCUAUGAAUUGGAGAUCUAUGAUUGUUCCAGUCUGAAGAUGCUUCCACAUGGUUUGAGUGGCAUUUCUACUCUUCGGAAACUGAAGAUUUCUAAAAUGCCGGAAAUGGGGAAGAGGGUAUCGGCAUCAGGAGAGGAUUUCCACAAAGUCAGCCAUGUCCCUUCAAUUAUCAUCCAAAACUAUUGA